CUUCAUCUUAAAUAAAGAGAAAACGCCAAUCAUAACAUUGAAACUUAACAUACGUGUGUAUGUGCGCGAUAAACGCAAAGUUCUAUGUGUAUGCACAUGCAGUAAGUUUUGUCUCACACUGCACGACACCAACGUUUCACAUCAUUAUCAUUUUUGCCAAUACCAGGUGGUACGACAGCUAUGUCUACGAUACCAUUAUAUCAAUAGCGCUUAAUACAGUCCUAUUGCUGUUCUUGUCAUUAUUUACUGUAUCAGAGCAGGUUAAAAAUGCCGCAAGUAUAAAUGCAGGCACUAUGUAUCAGAUCCUCAUCCUCAACUUUUACACUAUUAUAUAUACUAAAGAAUAUGCAAGCCCAUCGACUGUUGUUGUAGUUUACACUCUUUUAUUAUGCACAAGACAAAAAUCUAAAGAAGAGUUCUGCUAUCAGGACGUGCAUAAUCGAUGCCACGUUUUUUUUCUUACACUCGCUUGUAAUCCGCAACAGUAUUUACUCUUACUACUAUUAUGCUGCAUAUGUACUUAUAUAUAAGCACCUUGCUGCCAUCUACUGUAUGUAAUACAUAUUUCAAAGCUUCUUGGCCAAAUGGCAUAUAAAUAAAUGGCUGGCUGUUUUCCUUUCGCUCACAUGCGCCGUGUCAAUCAAAGUUUGCCGUUUCAUAUCCUUUUCCUUUUUCUCUCUACUUUCUGCUGCUGCUACAACAUUUAUAUGCAAGUAACAGUAGGACCACGAUGGUGCAUAUAUGUUGUGUACAGUGCAACCUUUUGUGGCGUCAUUGUCACCCC